ACACUUCUUUAGUUCGAACACUCGUUGACGUCGUCAGGUGCUGGAUGACUGGCGGCGAGCUAUACUACAUCACACCUGGUGAGAAGACGCAGAAAUUGAUUGAUCUAGGCGUUGGUCAGCUGCAAACGUCGGAAGUGAACAACGAUAUAUCUCAAAACUUUCCGGUGUUCAUUUCCGAACCCCUAGAAAUCCUCUACCUGAGGACACUUUUUCAACAGCGGGAAUGGACAUCAUGGCAGGAAUCGGUCUCUCGUGACAUGCUUAGUGCUUGCAGCAGAUCAACUGUUGGCUCUCUCUUUGAGGAGACAAUAAUGUACCUCUUCAUGGAUGCCUUUGGCGGCAAGUCCGCUCCCCUAGAAAUUUUUUUUCAUUUCGCUGAAGGGUCACCUUUGGGUGCAAGGGAGGUUGAAUUGGUUGCAGUAAGGGUUGGAGUAGAAGGCAUGUCAGUGGUUGAGACAUCAUGGAACACAGGGAGUUCAGAUGGUAUCGGGUUCAAGGCAAAAUCGGCUCACAAUGCUCUUGCCUUCUUGGCAGACCCAAAGGGCAAACCAUUCUUGUUCCCGGACAAUCACAUGGGACCCGAUCUUCUUUGCUUUUUAAGGGACAAGCAGACUGGGGAGUUAAUUGUCCUGUUAGUCCAGGCCAAGGUGAAAAAGCAACUCGACAGCAAAACCUGGUUAAGCGCUCUCAAUUCUAUCAAUCCAGAGCACUUUUACACUUCUGUGUGCAAAGAGAGCGGAGAGCGGGUUCAGCAUGGACCUAUUGCUUUUGAAGACAUCUUGAACAACUUGGAUGCUCUUUUCACGAACAUUACUGGGACGGCUGAAUUUCGACCAGCCAUCGAAGGCAUGCACAGUCGCCUGCGCAGCGCACAGCAGAGGUUGGGAACACGAAAAACACCAAGAUUUUUACGCGUCAUUGCAUCGCCUGAUGACGAACAGGGAAACCGCCUGAAAGCACAAUGUCAGGGCAACAUAGCUACGUUAAAGUGGGAAGCGGUCGUGAAGUGCUUUGGUGAAAGCGUAGCAAAUAAAAUUAAGGAGGGAACGCCCUCUAUACAUUUGUAAAUAUCAAGGCCUGUAGACUGUAAUCCGAAUUGCACAUGGGGUUAGAAAUGCUUUACAUACGCAU